AUGGGCCAACAACAGAGUCAAGAUAUUGGCGAGAUGCCAAAGCUGAAACCGGGAGGACGAAGGCGGGGCCGGAGAAAUAUGGGCCAAAAAAUGAGUUCCUUCGUUCGCAGCAAUAGUAGUCGAUUCAACGUUCAUGGUGAUGACGAAGUUGAGCAUCUUGACGAAAAGAUUAAAAUAUACAAAAAGGAACUAGAAAGACUCGUGGCGUUUGGCGAAGCCAAGCAACAAGAGCACCAUGCGGAAUUAGGCAAAAUGGACAAUGAACUUUAUAGGAAACGGGUGGAGUUGCACCGAUUGGGAGAAAGUGCCAAGGUUUUCUUUACCUUUUGGGAUUAUGUCAAGAUUGUCCAACGGGCUACGCCUACUGUAUGGUCUCCUGAAACAAUGACGUUCAUUGAAUCUGAAUCGGAUACCAGUGAAAGUAGCUAUACGACAGAUGAUCUUACGCCUGUUCCACCUUCACCAAAGGCGCCACGAGGCAAAUCACCUAGAACGAGAACAAAGAAAUCACCAGGCAGGCCCAAACGAAAAGAAAGUUUGCGAAAAAAGAGGCAGUUUUCUCGAAAAGAGGAAAAGAGAGGGAUGAUAAUUUCCCGGUCAUCAACGGACAUGACCUUUACUAUUUUUGGAUUCUUUGAGGCGUACCUCCUGCGACGAUUGCAUUUGGCUUUGCUCCUAAAGAAUCAAUCGACCAUGCAACGUCAUCGAUGGAACGAUAUCAUUGUAUACUGUUAUGAUGAAAUUCCGGCUACCAAACGUGAUACAGAACAAGCCAAAGCAUGGUUAGACUACCUGAAAACUGUCACGCCGAACUAUAAAAAGCAACUGAAAGAAACUUUUGAGCACUUUCUCGCGUUGCAGGAUAAACUCAUGUAUCAAUUGCGUGCUCCAGAAGAUAGGCCGAAGGAACUUGAGGCGCAAAAUGCGUUCCAUACCAUUGAAGAAGCACCUCUUGAUGAUGAAAUCACAAGAACCCUUCCAACGAUUACUCAAACAAGCAGUGGGACAAUCGACUUUGAGGACCAAGAUGAUGCUCCGACAAGCGCAUUCUCCUACAAAAUACCGGCCGAAGAAGCAGCUCUCCCUUCAGCUCCACCACCACAAGUUGAGGGUCGCAUUUAUGCUACUUCGGAAUUUAAUACUGGUACAACGGGCAUGACGCCGGAAGUACGAAGUCGCAAAUCCAAAACCAAACCCAGAAAGCGCAAGAGUGGCAAUUUGAAGGUGUCCGCCCAUAACAGAGUUUUUGAGUCAAAAUCAGGUUCCAGUGACUCUGGUUCUGACUUUGGUUCUUCCGAUGAUGAUUUGGGAGACAAUUCGGGAAAGGAAAAGGAAAAGGCUGCGAAAAAUAAUGAUGUAAAGGAAAAGGACACAGGUAAAAGACGAUCCAAAUGGAGCAUGUCCUGGAAGGUUCCGGCAUUGGACUCUGAUUCGGACCAUGCCUCGGGAGAUGAAUUGAAAAUGAGCGCAGACAAUUCUGCGGUCGGGAACGAGUACGGUAGGCUUUCGAUGCGUGACGACGAUGAUAACGAUGAUGACCGCUUUGAUUUUGUCUCUCAAGAAGCAAACCAACAACCGAUGGCAUCAUCGGCAUUGGCAGGCGGGGCAUCAAUGAUGCUUAUGCAGAAAUCCAUUCGUGCUCAGCAGACGCAAUCCAAGCCCGAUUCUCAGCAACAUUUUCAGCUUAAUACUGCCGGAAGUGACGAUGCAGUCGAUGCGUAA